AUGCAGCCCGCGGGCUGCAUGAGGCCUGCAGUUUUCCAAGGCAAAGGAAUCAACCUGGAGGAGAGACACAGAGGGCACUGGAGCCAUGUUAUCCUUCUGGAAGGAGAAAAAGAAGCACUAUCGGGUCCCAGUAGCAACGACCCCUCCACGGAAGAAGAUGAUGGGGAGCCCAAAGUCUGCCGUGUGUGUGGAGACAAAGCAACUGGUUACCACUUCAACGUCAUGACCUGUGAAGGGUGCAAGGGAUUUUUCAGGCGAAUCAUGAAACGUAAUGUCCGGUUGAGAUGCCCCUUCCGGAAGGGAACUUGUGUAAUCAACCAGAAGACUCGGAAGCAGUGCCAGGCCUGCCGGCUUCGCAAGUGCCUGGAUAGUGGAAUGAGGAAGGAAAUGAUCAUGUCCGAUGCAGCGGUGGAGCAGAGGAGAGCCCUGAUCAAGAGAAAGAAGAGAGAACAGCUGGAGACUCAGGCUCUGGAAGUCAAGAAGUUAACAGAAGAGCAGGAGAAGAUGAUCCUGGAACUCAUGGAUGCUCAAAAGAAAACCUUUGAUUCCACAUUUUCCCAUUUCGAGAGUUUCUACAUGCCAGAAGUACAGAGCAGAGACCCUGUGGUUCCCAAGUCCAUUGCCAGUUCAGAGGAAAAAGCCACUACGUUGCAAAGUCUCACCAAAUCAUUCACCCCUCUCUCUGUGCGACUACAUUGUCGAGAUGGCAGAACCUGGAGCUACAAUCCCUCAAAGGAUGGGUCAGAGAAAGUGUUCUUUUCCUUUUUGCCCCACAUGGCCAACACGUCAACCUACGUGUUUAAAGGCAUCAUCAAUUUUGCCAAAGUCCUCUCCUGCUUCCGAGAAUUGUCUAUUGAGGACCAGAUUUCUCUAUUGAAAGGGGCCAUGGUUGAGCUGUUCAUACUGCGCUUCAAUACGGUGUUCAAUGCAGAGACUGGAACCUGGGACUGUGGUCGAUUUUCCUACCAGUUAGAUGAUCCUGUAGCAGCAAACACGCAGCAGUAUCUUCUGGAGCCUGUGCUGAGAUUACACUACAUGUUGAAGAAGCUGCAGCUACAGGAUGAAGAGUAUGUGCUAAUGCAAGCCAUCUCCCUGUUCUCCCCAGAUCGACCAGGCGUGGUCCAGCGUUGUGUUGUGGAUCAGCUGCAGCAGAGAUACACCAUGACAUUGAAAGCCUACAUAGAAUGCAAGCGGCCUCAGCCAGAGAACCGUUUCUUGUUUCUGAAGAUCAUAGCCAUCCUUACAGAGCUCCGAAGCGUCAAUGCCCAGCAUACCCAGAAGCUGCUGAAGCUUCAAGACAUCCAUCCCUUUGCCACCCCCCUCAUGCGGGAGAUAUUCAACAUAAUGGAAAACUGAACAGUCAGAUCACUUGGAAUGCUGUCUAGCACCAAGCAGCCAGUGUACCUCUAACAACCAAGGCUCCAGCUGUCAACCCUUGGAUGGACAGAAAUCAGCAAGAGUCAAUAUCACUCUAUGCUCUGACCUUCGAGGUCCAGCCUUAACUUCUUGGAUUUGUCUUAGACCUUCAAUCCUUUCAGAACUCAUUCCCAUCUGACUUUCCUGGAGAAAAGUGAUUAUUCUCUGAGGUACCACCUCACACCUAUUGGAUUGGCUAAUAUGACAGAAAGGGAAAAUGAUAAAUGUUGGAGAAGA